UACACGUCUGUUGUUCCUAGAUAGUUACAGUAAUUUCCACGAAAUGUCGUCUUGUGCUUCUUUUCAGGUUCAGGUGGCCUCCAUUAUGGAGGUUUUAGCAACAACGGCUGUAGCAGAAAUUUGUAAACUAGUCGAUGACGGGUCUGCUGCAUUGCGAUUGGAGAUGUGCAGAAGCCAAAGAGAGAACGAAGCGCUAAAAACAAAGUUACUGCUGAUGGAGGGAGAGCUCAGGGCUGUGCGAGGAUACGGAGAGACGAUGCCGGGGAAUUCUCUAAACCUCUCAUUUGAUGUUCCGGUUUGCGAUGAAUUCAGAGAAUCACUAAGACGCACUUCAGGGGCAGCUGCUGCUAAUGGUGGUGAAGGACCCCUCUGUAAGGAGGAGGAGCGGCACAUGCAGCGCUGCCCUGCAGGAGCCCCAGAAAAGGAGCUGCAAGCAGAACUCAAACAGGAGCCAGAGGAGCACCCCCUCACCCCCACGCUCCCCCUGCUGGAGUCCGCAGACUUGGGGCUGGAGCUCCAGGCUGUGUGGAGUGAGGCCAACAGCUUGGGAAUUUCUCAGAAUAGAAACAGGCCGGGUGCAAGAACGUUGGAGCAUGGAGACACCAGCUUAGACGACAACUUCUCUCCUCCACAUUACAGAGAUUCUCAGAGGCCACACUCAGAGAAGGAUGAGGGGUCAGCAUCACAUCUCGAGCAGAAACAGAAUGGCUGCCCUCUUGAGGAGACGAGCAUUGGUAGACCUGCUGAUGACAUUUCGCCGUUCCCUCUGGGUUCUCCAGGACAGUGUGUUGGAAGCGCCCCGUGUGAGGUGAGUUCUGACACGUCAGCAGAAGCAAAGAGUCCCUGCAGAACUGAGGGACAGGAGGAGUUCAUCUGCACAUGCUGUGGAAAGAUGUUCCUGGACGGUCUUGAACUGAAGACACACAAGGAGCAGCACAGUGCGGGGAAACGGUUCGGCUGUUCAGAGUGCGGCAAGGGUUUCACUUCCUUCAGCGUCCUGGAAAAGCACGAGCAGGUUCACAGCAGGAAGAAACCAUUCACCUGCUCUGUGUGCGACAAGAGCUUCUCCCAGUCACACGUCCUCCAAGCACACAAAAGCACUCACACAGAGCAGAAACCGUUCAUUUGGACAGACUGCGGAAAACGCUUCCCCGACAAAGCUUGCCUUAAAUCGCACCAGCGCGUUCACACCAGAGAGAAACCGUUCACUUGUGAGCAGUGUGGAAAGUGCUUCUCCAAGAAGAGCUAUCUUAAAGCUCAUCAGGUUAUUCACACAGGAGAGAAACCGUUCACUUGUGAGCAGUGUGGAAAGUGCUUUUCCAAGAAGAGCCAGCUUAAAACUCAUCAGGUUAUUCACACAGGAGAGAAACCGUUCACUUGUGAGCAGUGUGGAAAGUGCUUCUCCAAGAAGACCUAUCUUAAAACUCACCAGGUUACUCACACAGGAGAGAAACCCUUCACUUGUGAGCAGUGUGGAAAGUGCUUCUCCAAGAAGACCUAUCUUAAAGUUCACCAGGUUACUCACACAGGAGAGAAACCCUUCACUUGUGAGCAGUGUGGAAAGUGCUUCUCCUCGAAGAGCAAGCUUAAAAUUCACCAGAUUACUCACACAGGAGGGAAAUGCUUCAGUUGCACAGUGUGCAAUAAGAGCUUUGGCUAUCUCCAUGUUCUGAAGCAGCAUCAGAGAAUCCAUACAGGGGAGAAACCACACUGCUGCAACGAGUGUGGGAAGAGCUUUGCCAAACUAGGUAGUCUUAAAACUCACCAAUGGGUCCACACCAGAAAUAAACCAUUCACUUGUGAGCAGUGUGGAAAGUGCUUCUUGGUGAAGAGCAAUCUUAAAACUCACCAAAGGGUCCACACCGGUGAGAAACCGUUCACUUGUGAGCAGUGUGGAAAGCGCUUCUUUGUGAAGUGCAGUCUUAAAUAUCAUCAAAGGGUCCACACCGGUGAGAAACCGUUCACUUGUGAGCAGUGUGGAAAGUGCUUCUCCAUGAAGUGCAAUCUUAAAACUCACCAGAGUGUCCACACUGGAGAGAAACUGCACUGCUGCAAUGAGUGUGGGAAGACCUUUGCCCAACAAGGUAAUCUUAAAACCCACCAAAGGCUCACUUGUAAGCAGUGUGGAAAGUGUUUCUCCAAGAAGAGCGGUCUUAAAAAUCACCAGUGUCCACACACGAGAGAAACCCUACCGCUGCGAUGAGUGUGGGAAGACCUUUGCCCGACUAGGUCAUCUUAAAUUUCAUCAAAGGAUCCUAAUGGGAGAGAAAGACGUUCAGUUGCACACUGUGCAGCUGGAGUUUUUCCCUGAAUCA